UAUUUCUUUAACAUGGUGAAUUUUCUUCUUCUUUCUUCCAAUAUGAAGAUCACUUCCUAGGAAAAGAUAUAUAUUUAUGGAAGCUUGCUGUAGAAAGAAAAAAAAGGAAGCAAUAUGGGGUAGUAAUUUAUGAAGAGUUUCGGUCCAUAAAGUAAUUAAUUUAACAAAGAACAACAGCUACAAGUGUUAAGGCGAAAAAAAGGCAUAGAUAAGUAGCAGAGGAUGUGAAACGGAACCAAGAAUGAACAAAGGGAGUGAGAAGAAAAGAGAAUUCCACAUAUAUACUUAUGACAAGAACCGAAGAGAGCUGAGAAAGACGACUGUCUAUUGUUUUUUAUACCUUCGAUUAGAUACAGAGACUUUGAUUUUUAUUUUAUUAUUUAUUUAUUAAAAAAAUAUUCUAGUUGUUUAUUUAUCAAAAAUAAAAAAAUCCUCCUCUGUUUCUCUAAAAAUUGACACGUACUUCACAUCAUCUUUCACCUCCUCCAUUAAAGAAAGAAAAAUCCAAUGCAAUUUUUGAUUCUCUGCUUUUGGGUUUAGGUUAUUGCAUAAAACAUGGCUGUUGCAACAUAAAGUUUGAAAAAGCUUGGGUGUUCAAUGAAUAGGGUUAAAAAGCUCUUACUCUUUUGCUUAGUUUAUAUCUUUGUUUUAGAUUUUCUGUAAACUGACUGACUAUUCUGUUUGUCAAGUUACUGAGUUAUGUUCUGAACUAACUAAUAGUAAUGACGAGUUGGUUGAUAGAUUUGAACAUGAAGUGGCUCAUGCUUGCAGUUAUAGGUAGUCGCUGAUUUUGUUAACGUUCCAAUUGUAACCAGAAAAUCCCAUUCCCUAGGGCACACUAAACCUCUUUUUGACCCAAGUAGUUUUUGUCCCACUCAGGCUAGGCAUGUGGAUUGAACAAAUAACUGAUUUUCCUAUUGUUUUAGUGCCAGUAAUUAAAUGUAUAUGCCUAUUAUAAUGUCACGAACUUACUUACUUCUCCAAUUUUCCUCUAAUUUAUGUUUUCAACUGUUAGUAAGGUUGACACCAGCCUAGGAGUUAGUUUCUUCUAUUUGAAUCCCUCCUCUCUCCAUAUGUGCUGGUGACAUGUGUGUAAACCAGGGAUUAAUGGCUUAUAGAACAUCUAGGGAUUUGGUUAAUGCUUUACAUUUAGUAGCUUGCUUAUGCUCAGUGGUUUAGUAGCUUGUAGAACAUCUGUUGAUCCUGGAGGUUCAGUUAAUGCUUUACACUAAGUAGCUUGCUUAUGUUCAGGGUCAGUUCCAGUUAAACCUGUCAAUAAACUCACCUCAUCUCUCUUUUCUUUAUUUUAUUGGCCUCUUGACACUGGGUAUUGCCAUAGCAUAUAGCUACUAAAAGCACAUCUCCUAGGUAUUUGCACAUACUGUAAUGGACUUGCUUAUAGAUUCUAUGUAGUAGUAUAACUUGCAUAUUACAGUAUUUUCUCUGAAUUUCUUUUUGUGCCCAAGGGUUCUUUCUUUUUCCCAGUUUAAACCUUUUUUGGUAGUUGUUCUUUUUGACCUUUUUCCUACCUGAGUUCUUCUUGCUUCUUUUGAUGGCAGAAUUAGUUUUGGAGUUGGAUAACUGUUGAAUGCUUACAGUAUGUUUCUGAUGAAAGAUAUGGUGAACAUGGAAAGUCAGUAAAUGUCAAACAUGGAAUGCUUACAUCCUAAAAAGAAGAUUAAGAGAAUACUUUGGAAGCGGUCCAAGGAGAAAUCGAAUGGGGAAGACUCUGCUGGAAAUGGUACAUCAUUGAUGAAGAUGGAACACAAUGUGACAAAGAGGCAUCAUUCUGAUUCAAUGACCAGUGGUGUAGACAGGCCUUGCAUGAUGUCACUUCUCCCUCUUCCCAACUUGGAAUAUUGUAACUCGGGGGGCCCUGCUAUCUUGACAGGAACGGCAUGCAAAGGGGUAGCUGGACCACCUGUUGGAGUUGUUGAUAUCGGUGUUAGCAUAUCUGCUUACUAUUUUCGUAUUGCUCUACCUGGAGUCAAGAAAGAUCCUGGUGAGUUCAACUGUGAGAUUGAAAAAGAUGGGAAGGUCCUUAUUCGGGGGGUGACAUCAACUGGUGGAAGAACCGUAUCAAGAUAUUCUCGGGUCUUUGAUAUGAAAAUUCAGCAACAAUGUCCAUCUGGUCCUUUCACCGUCUCCUUUCGUUUGCCCGGGCCUGUCGAUCCGAGGUUGUUUUCACCAAAUUUCAGAUCAGAUGGCAUUUUUGAAGCUGUUGUAAUGAAAUACGAGCAGUAGCUAGUUCAUGUAAACAACCAUUAAAGUCAGAACCCACCACAGAAAGCUGUCUGCUCUUGGAUUUCUUGUUAUGAUUAGUGGUGGGCUGAAGGCUAAUGUGCUGUGUUUACUAAACUUGUAGAUUAUGUAUGGUUCAGACAAUUACAUGUUUUGACGUGUAAAUAGAGCAAGUACAGUUUAAAUUAUUCCCUAUUUCAUCUUGGUCCAAAUGAAGAAAUAAUCCACUUAUGAAGAUCUUCUUUUCAUAA